AUGGAUGUGCAGGAACCUCGAAGCGCGGCUCGGGCUAAACAAGAGGCGGGCGGUCGCCUUCUUCUUCAUAUGUUAGCAGCUACAUACAAUAAGUGGCGCCGCGAAGAGGAUGAGACAGGUCAGUUGUGCCCGUUCAUCGGCAGUGACGGCGGGAACGGCAAGCCGCGAGUUCUCAAGGCUCCUGUCAAGCUGUUCAAAUCAAAGGAGCAACCAAAUCGUGUAUUGAGUAUUGAUAGCGGCGGCGUAAAUCAACGACACCACGACCUUGACUCUCAAGAUGCUACUCAGAGGGGGCGAACCUCGCAGUAG